UCAGAACCUCCACAGAUCAGAGAGGAACAAGAAGAACCAGAACCUCCACAGAUCAAACAGGAAGAAGAAGAACCAGAACCUCCAGAGAUCAAGCAGGAAGAAGAAGAAGAACCAGAACAUCCACAGAUGGAGGAACUUGAGGUUCUGGGUACCAGCCAGGAGGGAGAGCACCUUAUUAUUAAAUUUGAGAGCGAAAGUGACCUGAGAGAACCAGAAGAAGUACGGGACACUGAGCAGCUCCUCUCUCAGGACUCUGAAGUCCACCAUGAGAACAAACUGAUUGAUGUUCCUUUUUCAGAGAAGCAGGCUGAAGGUGAAAAGCUUUGUGAGGAAACAUGUGGUGAACCUGUCCGCAAAAAAACAAAAUUACAUCCAAAGGCAGGAGCAGUCACUGACAAGAAGAAAACUUGUGAAACGUGUGGCAAAAGUUUCCGUGAUCCGAGCACUUUAUUGGUCCACAAGAGAUCUCACACAGGUGAGAAGCCGUUUCCUUGUGAAACAUGUGGAAAAAGUUUUACUCGUCAGAGUACUUUGUUGGUCCACAAGAGAUCUCACACAGGUCAGAAGCCGUAUCCUUGUGGAACAUGUGGAAAAAGUUUCAGUCAGUACAGUCAUUUGUUGGUCCACAUGAGAUCUCUCACAGGUGAGAAGCCAUAUCCUUGUGAAACAUGUGGGAAAAGUUUCAGUCAAAAGAACGCUUUAUUGGUCCACAUGAGAUGUCACACAGGUGAGAAGCCAUAUCCUUGUGAAACAUGUGGGAAAAGUUUCAGUCAAAAGAACGCUUUAUUGGUCCACAUGAGAUCUCACACAGGUGAGAAGCCGUAUCCUUGUGAAACAUGUGGGAAAAGUUUCAGUCGUCAGAGUGCUUUAUUGGAUCACAAGAGAUCUCACACAGGUGAGAAGCCGUAUCCUUGUGAAACAUGUGGAAAAAGUUUCAGUCAUCAGAGUGCUUUAUUGGAUCACAAGAGAUCUCACACAGGUGAGAAGCCGUAUCCUUGUGAAACAUGUGGGAAAACUUUCAUUACCCAGACUCAGUUGUUGCGCCACAUGACAUCUCACACAGGUGAGAGGCCAUAUCCUUGUGAAACAUGUGGGAAAAGUUUCGAUAAACCAAGUCAUUUGUUGGAUCACAAGAGAUCUCACACAGGUGAGAAGCCGUAUCCUUGUGAAAUAUGUGGGAAAAGUUUCAAUCGUAACAGUCAUUUGUUACGCCACAUGAGAUCUCACACAGGUGAGAGGCCGUAUCCUUGUGAAGCAUGUGGGAAAAGUUUCAGUCAACAGAGCACUUUAUUGGUCCACAUAAGAACUCACACAGGUGAGAAGCCAUAUCCUUGUGAAGCAUGUGGGAAAAGUUUUAUUGACCGAAGUAAUUUUUUGUGCCACAUAAGAUGUCACACAGGUGAGAAGCCGUAUCCUUGUGAAACAUGUGGAAAAAGUUUCAGUCAUCAGAGCACUUUAUUGGUCCACAUAAGAACUCACACAGGUGAGAAGCCAUAUCCUUGUGAAGCAUGUGGGAAAAGUUUUAAUAACCGAAGUCAUUUGUUGCGCCACAUAAGAUCUCACACAGGUGAGAAGCCGUAGCCUUGUGAAACGUGGGAAAAUUUUGGUCAUCGUUCUUUGCUGCACCACAUGAAUAUUCGCUUGAAGAUGAGGUGAUGAAACAAUAUUGAAGAUCUCAUUGGCCCAGUUUACAAGCGUGUUUUUUCAGUUCCAUUGAAAACAAUCUUAUUAAACAUAGUUGUAAACAUGUACGGCAUACAAAGCGAACCACGAUCAAUGCGCAUUUACAAGGGUCCUGGGUGAAGCGGAUUAUACUUCGUCCUAUGACAUGCGCACAAAGUGUCUUGCUGAACUUUCAGGUAUUUAAAGGACCUAUAUCAUGCAAAUUCCACUUUUUUAGGGUUUUUAGCAUGCCCCAAAGUUGAAUUCCCUUUAAAACCACCCCCAAAAUGUUAUUUCCUUUCAUCCACGCGU